CCCCAAAUCCAAAGGAGUUUUCCAAGUUCAGCUCCCAUCUCUGUGACUCAGCAUCCCUCCCUGCAGGAUGGGGACUGUGACUCUGGCAUUGUCCCUGCUGGCUGUGGCUCUCCUGUGCCCGGCCACUGCCACCCUGCGCGUCGGUGCCUUCAACAUCCGGGCCUUCGGUGACACCAAGAUGUCCAACAAGGAGGUGGCAGAGAUCAUCAUCAACAUCCUGCUCCGCUACGACGUGGUGCUGGUGCAGGAGGUGCGCGACUCCGACCUCAGCGCCGUCACCGAGCUCAUGGAGCAGCUCAACAGUGCGUCCAAGUCCCCAUAUGACUACGAGAUCAGUGGCCCCCUGGGACGGGAGAACUACAAGGAGAUGUACCUCUUCAUCUACAGGACAGAUGUCGUGUCUGUGGUGGACACCUACCAGUACAAGGACCGCCAGGAUGUUUUCAGCCGGGAGCCGUUCAUCCUGAGGGUCUCAGCGCCCCGCACCAAGGUGGAGGAGUUUGUGCUGGUACCCCUGCACUCAGCCCCACACGAUGCCGUCGCUGAGAUCGACGCGCUCUACGACGUCUACCUGGACAUCGUCAACAAGUGGGGGACUGACAACAUCAUGUUCCUGGGUGACUUCAACGCCGACUGUGCCUACGUCCAGCCCAGCGACUGGUCGUCCAUCCGCCUGCGCACCAGCGACGUCUUCAAGUGGCUGAUCCCCGACAGCACCGACACCACCGUGGGCAAGUCAGACUGUGCCUAUGACAGGAUCGUGGUGUGUGGGGCCAAGCUGAAGAGAAGCAUUGUGUCCAAUUCGGCUGCUGUCUACGAUUUCCAGCGUGCUUUCCGGCUGGACCAGGAGGAGGCCCUGGCAGUCAGCGACCACUACCCAGUCGAGGUGAAGCUCACAGCCUGAGCUCCUCCUGCAGCUGCAGACCACGAUCCCAGCUCCAGCUCCCACCACCACCAACCCCUGUGAAGGCACCCCCUGCAGCCCCAUCCACGAGCCCUGUGCGUGGGCUGUUCCAGAUCCUGGUCUGGAGAAGGGUGACAGCCGGCCGUGCCCAGACCCCCCAGGACACACAGCUCAGGGCAGAGCUCCCCCAGCCCACCACGAACCAGAGCCUGGGGACAGGCCACCAGCCAGGACACUGUGACCACGGGGAACGAAGCAUCCAUCUCCUACCUCACUGAAGAUUUAUUGACACAUCUCAUUUCAUGAUUAACUGUUGGAGAGGAGGGAGGACAUCCAAGGACCGGUGGGCUCAGGCCACAGUGUGUGGAGACCCUCUCCCUGUCCAUCCCUCAGGGGGGCUGAGCAGGCUUCCCCUGCUCUCAGGGAAGGCAGCAGUGGUGUCAGGCACUCUACAGGACAAAGGGAAGUGCUGGGGCAGCCAUGGGAGCAGUGGCACGCCACCAAUUGCUGGCACUGCAGACGGCUUUGCUGUGAAAUCCUACAGCCACUGCAGCGUUUCGGAG